AUGGAGAAGCUCAAGGAAGCAGAAACAGCAGCGGCGCAGCGCUUGCGCAAAACGUUCAAAUAUCCCUCAGAAUCCGACGACGAAGAUACGAUAGAGGCAGGCAUGGAUGAGCAAGAUCGCGCAGCCCUCGUCCAAACCCUCAGCACACACGACACAUCCACAACACACACGUACACGCUCUUUCUCCUCGCGCUUCCUCUGCUCCCCACACUACUCUACAUACCCCGCUUGCUCGCCCUAUCCACCCUUCCAACAAGUUUAGUCGCUGUCGCUAGUCUACUAGCCACGGCGUAUACCUUGUACUUCCUACCCUUACCACCUACACAAAUGGAGCCCAUAGAUGGCGUCGAUGUGACACCUUCCACUUUCCAACAGCCAUCGUCAGGGAAAGGGAAGGGCAAGAAACCCAUGGGCGGAUACGGAAUCUACAACAAGACACCAUCUUGGGAGCAACCGACUGAGAAGAGUGCGAGGCGGCCUGUACCGUAUCUCUCAGAAGACAUGGCAGACAUGAUAGGCGAUUAUAUUGUGCCUAUCAACAGAGCUGUGUGUGGGCUUUUGGCACUGUAUGAGGUGUGGUUGGCACGUGAGUGGAGUGAAGGCUUCAUGAUAGGAGGUGGCUUCUUGCCCGGGGUGAUUUGUCUGAUAAUUCUGUGGGUGAGAACCGAGUUGCGGAUUAUUGACAUGGAUGCGUUGGAGAGGAUUAACGCGGGUGCUGCGCAGGGAAAGGUAAAGUGA